ACAGGGGGACUAAGCAACCUACUCUGAGAGCUGUUUAGUGAAAUCUGCUGCUGUUUCUCUCCAAAACAAGAGGCUGAACACUCCAUGACAGGUCACAGCCGCAAACUCAGCGUGCUAUUGAUUAAAUGAUAGUCAUUAACACUCCGCACGUUUCUUGUGCAGUGUGUGUAACGUUUCCACAGCAUACAGAGAAUGGAGACUCCCCUCAUCAGCCAGACAAGGAAAGUUAGUUGUUGAUUUCCCUCCAACAAGUUCGUAUCAGACAGGCGCUGGGUAACGCAGGGUAUACUUAAUGCAAAACAUCAGAAGAACUGAGCUUUAAAGAGAAAUGGUGACGGUUUGACGCUGUGAUCAGCUCGUGUCUUUCUCUGAUGUAAGUCCAUCUCAUCGAUCUGAGUGUUUCAUUUCUCUAAGUGAGGAGUAACUACUGUGCUAUCUGCAAGUGGGAGCCGUGCGUCCGUGCGUAAAGACGGUCAGUGGACCCCCAUCAUCCUCCUCCAUCCUGCCCCCCCUCCUCCUCGUGCGCUCACGUCACAUUUGUUUUACCAUGGUCGUGCGGUCUCGAGAUUGCCACUGAAGUGUACAUCAUCAAGCAUCGUGGAUCACACGGCACUUUUCGCAUCUGCGUUGCCAGCAGUCACCGCGUCAUCACGCAGUGGGAGCGAGCUGCACAAGGACAAGUGCAACGAAACUCGACAAAGUCCGGUUUUCGAACGACGGGACCGCGUGAGACGGACAGUCCCAGGUGUCCUCUGAGGACAAAGGCGCUGCUUUGAUUUACAACUGAGAGAAGUGGACGAGCAGCAAACCCAGAGCAUGAAGAAGACUCCCAAUUCAGCUCUGAAGAGGUCCUUUGAGGUGGAGGAUGUUGACACUUCAUCUCACUCUUCCCCCGGCUCUCGUCGGACAACCAACUCGCCUCACCGAAACGCCAUGUCUCCCACCAGCAUCUACUACCGUGACCUGGGCACUGCCACCCAGGCCACCAACAACAACAAUCUCAACUAUACCCAACCUCGCUCCAUCAUGGGUGGAGGAGGCUCCAAGACACCUGAGCCUGUGUCACGGCGUUCUGAACUUUCCAUUGAUAUCUCUUCCUCCAGCAAGCAGGUUGAUAAUGUCACCAGCCCCGCUUCCACGCGCUUUGCAACCAACAGCGCCCUGAAACGCCCUGAAGUCCUGGGCCACUCCAAGACCCCCGAGAUGAGCCACAAGAGGGAGGUCACUUUUGCCAAGACACCUACUGAUUCCCCAGUGAUACGUCGCAAUGAGGGCAGCAAUAACAACAACGGCACCAGCCGGACCUCAGAGCAGAACCACGCUCGUAAGUUUGAGCCUCCGAGUCCUGGAGAUGUCCGUAAACCUGAAAUCAGCAUCACCAGAGCUCCGCCAGAAAACAACGGCCACCACUCAGCGGUGCACCACCCACACCACCCCAACCCUCACCACAACACCAUCGUCACCACCUUCCGCUGUUCCUCGCCCAGUCAUGGUGGGCGAAAAUCCCCCAACCCUGAGAGGUCAGAGGUCAAUCUGAGCCACAGCAACAUGUCUGAGUCCGCCAAGCCCCAGCAACCCACCCCACAAGGGAAAGGGGAGAAGUCCCACAAUAGCGACUUCAGCUACGUGGGAAUUGAUGCCAUCUUGGAGCAGAUGAGGAGGAAGGCCAUGAAGCAGGGCUUCGAGCUCAACAUUAUGGUUGUGGGGCAAAGCGGCCUGGGAAAGUCCACUCUGGUGAACACCCUGUUCAAAUCCAAGGUGAGCCGGAAGUCAGUGCAGCCCAACCCGGAGGAGAGGAUCCCCAAGACCAUCGAGAUCAAGUCCAUCAGUCACGAUAUUGAGGAGAAAGGAGUGAGGAUGAAACUGACAGUAAUUGACACUCCAGGAUUUGGGGAUCAGAUCAACAAUGAGAACUGCUGGCAGCCCAUUAUGAAGUUCAUCAAUGACCAGUAUGAAGCCUACCUGCAGGAGGAAAUCAACAUCAACAGGAAGAAGAGGAUCCCAGACUCCAGGGUGCACUGCUGCAUAUACUUCAUACCUCCCACAGGCCACUGUCUGAGGCCUCUGGAUGUGGAGUUCAUGAGGCGCCUCAGUAAAGUGGUCAACAUUGUCCCUGUCAUCGCCAAGGCCGACACGCUCACCCUGGAAGAGAGGGACUCCUUCAAGCAGACGAUCAGAGAAGAGCUGCGAGCCAACGGAAUUGAUGUUUACCCUCAGAAAGAGUUUGACGAGGAUGCAGAGGACAGGAUGAUCAAUGAAAAAAUCAGGGAGAUGAUCCCUUUUGCUGUUGUGGGCAGUGACCAAGAGUACCAGGUGAACGGCAAGAGGAUUCUGGGACGGAAAACAAAAUGGGGCACCAUCGAGGUGGAGAAUAUUGCACACUGUGAGUUUGCUUACCUGCGAGACCUCCUCAUCAGGACACAUAUGCAGAACAUCAAAGACAUCACAGGCAACAUCCACUAUGAGACGUAUCGUGUCCGCCGCUUAAAUGAAUCCAACGCCCAUUUCAGCUCCCAUCCAUCUGACCAUCCUGCUGAUCAGCCAAAGGCCAAUGGUCAGUCUGAGGAGCAGCCCAGCACCCUGCAGGCUAACGGAGUGGCUGUGCAACAUGAAGCCCUGUCCCACGAGAUGUAGAGUCCUCUGAGGAGCCAAAUUGCCAAUUUAUGAUAUUGGGACACAGCCAGGCGCAAAACAUACACUCGCACAUGAAGUCUGUUUACAUGAACAUGUCCACAAACCCACAUUCAUGCUUUUCAUGAUAGAAGGACUUCUUUUGCCAAAAACCUACCUGACCACAGCUUUUAAUUUAUCAAGAAGUUACAAGAUACAGGAUACAGAGUAAAUCCUAAUAUUUUCCUACAUGGGAUGUUCUCUAUCUGUAUUUUUUCCCCAUCAUUACAGUUCUGAUAAACAAAUCAUGUCUUCCCUACAGAUCCUCACACUGUACAGAACCUUUGUUGUAUUUUGUCCCCCCAUCUGCUAAGCUGCCCAAUGCAAUCUGCACUCAGGUUUUUUUUUCGUUUGUUUUUUUUUUUGUUGUUGUUUGUUUGUUUUUUCUUGCAGUAAACCAUGAUAGCCGUCAUGUCAUGGAUAGAAGUAGAUCUAUAAAGCACAUGUCUCAUUGCUGAGCUUUGGCUACUGGGUUUAUUUUAAGAGUAUUGGCUGACUAUCAUGACUGCAGUGGAGCCAUGCAUGUAAAUCAUCAGUGAAACGUUGUACAAGAUUUUAGUUAGACUCAAACAGUAUGAUGGGGAAAGAAAGCCUGUUGUGUACAGAAUACCUUUGCAGAAUACCUUGGACCUUGAGUUGGCAGGCAGUGAGGUUAAACUGACUUAAAUUAACAAUGAAGUACAGCACACCAGAUGAUACUAGAUUAGCUAUAAACUAGGAAUAACUGUUAGUGCAACUGGCCUGCUCUGCUUUGUGUUGUGGUGUAUGGUUUUGUAUAGAUACCAGGGUUAAGUAGGGAUAUUUAGAUUAGGUUUAUAGUAUUAUGGAGGAAGUAAUGAUAUCGUUGACACCUCCGCACUGCAAAACAAUUUAAAAAAAAAAGCAAAAAAAAAAAAGGCAGUAGGAGCAGUUCAGAAAAAUGAGUCGUCUUGUCAUUUUUCUGUUAUUAUGAUGUUUUUAAAACCCCUUUUUUGCCAAACCACCCUGUGUCUUUCUCAUAUAAUGCCGAUGUUGUGUACUACAGUCCUACCUUGCAUUUUACAUUGCUCAUUUAUUAUUGUAUUUUUAUUGCUGUUGUUCAUGUUCUAAUAUUAUUGUAUAAGAUGAGAGGAUGUGCAGCUGAUGUCCCAUGCAGCCUUUUUGUCCAUUUUUUUCUGACUGUAAACCAAAUAAAGUUUGAUUUUUCUGUUCUAAAGAGAAGCACAUACAGUAUAUAGAGUUGGUUUAUGAAUAGGUAUUUAUGUGUAUGUUAAAUGUAAUCAGUUUAACUCAACUUUCAUUCCAGCUGUUGGCUUCCAGAGGAUCCACCACUUUAGUGGUGAUGAUCACGUAGCUUUAGACGGUGCUUGUCUUUUUGUUGCCUGCAUUCAUGCCGUAUGUUGUACCCAUUUGGCUAUGGCUGCACUAUAACUAGCAACAACGGCCUUUUCCUAAUGGUAAAGUCCAAACGUGGUCUAUAUUUUCACAAUGAUUUUAACUGAUCCUGCCAGUAGAUAAGAGUUAGAACAUUAACAUUAGAAUGUAAGCAUUUCAAGUUUGAAGCAUUUUUUUCAGAGGGGAGUGUUUUAUUACCACCGAGAGGAGAAAUUUAUGCUGAUAAACAUUAAACAGUACCUAUCAAACAAGAUGAUGCAACUGAAAAUUGUUGUUAAUAUUUGUGAAAAAUGUGUGCAUUCAUACAAACUCAAGAAAUAUUUUAUAGAGGCAACAUUCUUAUAAUUUCCUAACACAAGUAGUCAGAAGUCCAGUUUCAGCCUCUUAAUUUACAUAAAUGCAGAGAGAAGGGGCAGUAAUUUUAAAAACCAAGAGAGCUGUUGUCUUUUAUCCAGAUAAAGUUAUUGGGUUACACUUUCUUUGCUGUUGUAUAGUUCUUGUGUAAUUUGUUAUGGUAUUAUAGAUCAAGGUUUUAUCUUUGAUAUGCUAUCUCAAAGAAUAAAGAUUGAUAUUUUUAUUGUUUAAA